GGCCGCGUUCCCACUCCCGGCCAAAAGCCAGCCAGGCCCUUCCUACCUUUUCUCCGGAGCCGUUCCUGCCCCCGCCUUGGAGGGACUCCCCACUAGGCCCCGCCCCGCUCGGGCGACGCAGUGCCGGGCGCCGCCUGUCCCGACGUGGUCCGGCCCAGCCCGCGCACCCUGGAGUCUGGGCCCCGCCAGGCCCGCCACACCCAGCGCCCGGCGCGCCCUCCCUGCAGGCCUCGGCCCGCCCCCCGCCUCGAGCGUCUGCGGCUCUGCCUCCCCGUGGCGCCGGCCGUCGGGCCCGCCUCCGAAGACGUGGAGCGCCGCUGCGGCCGGCUGCUUCUGUUUUCCUGGUGCCUGCCCAGCGCCGGACUCGGUGCGCGCCGUCUGCUGCAGAAGGCUGUUCCAGCAGCCAGGACAGUGUACAGAGGUUGCGGGCUUCAAAAGUACAGCGGAGGUUUAUUCGGACUGCAAAACAGUUGUGGCCCAUGCCCUUAAAUCCUGCGGAGUUUAAUUUCCAAAACUCGAGUCCCGUGGCGUCUUUCAAAAGUCACAUCUUUACUGUCUGCCUGCUUUCGAUUUGAAGUCUCCCGCUAACUUACAGAACCAGCACAUUUGUAAAAGAUGAAAGUGACCUUAUCAGCUUUGGAUACUUGUGAGAGUUCCUUCACACCUUUGGUGGUCCUAGAACUUGCUCAGGAUGUCAAAGAAGAAACCAAAGAAUGGCUGAAAAACAGAAUUAUCUCUAAAAAGGAAGAUGGAGGUGCCCAGCUGCUGUUUAGACCAUUGUUAAAUAAAUAUGAGAAAGAAACACUAGAAAAUCAGAACUUAUAUCUUGUCGGUGCCUCCAAGAUUACAUUGUUACUGGGUGCGGAAGCAAUGGGGCUGGUAAAAGAGUGUAAUGAUAACACUAUGAGAGCCUUCACAUAUGGAACCCGAUAUAACUUCAAAGAUUUUGAUGAUGACAAUGAUGACUUCCUCACGAUGGCAGAAUGUCAAUUCAUUAUCAAACAUGAACUCGAAAAUCUUAGAGCCAGAGAUGAAAAGAUGAUCCCUGGUUACCCCCAGGCAAAGCUGUAUCCAGGAAAGUCGUUAUUGAGAAGAUUGCUCACCUCUGGCAUCGUGAUUCAGGUGUUCCCGCUGCAUGAUAAUGAAGCCCUGAAGAAACUGGAGGACACCUGGUACACUCGCUUUACCCUCAAGUAUCAGCCCAUAGACCAUAUUCGUGGCUACUUCGGGGAAACAAUUGCUCUUUACUUUGGAUUUUUGGAAUAUUUCACUGUUGCCUUAAUCCCCAUGGCGGUCAUUGGGUUACCUUACUACUUAUUUGUGUGGGAAGACUAUGACAAGUACGUGAUCUUUGCCUCCUUCAACCUCAUCUGGUCCACAGUGAUCCUGGAAGUGUGGAAGCGUGGCUGUGCCAAUAUGACCUACAGGUGGGGGACACUUGUCAUGAAGAGACAGUUUGAGGAGCCCCGGCCAGGAUUCCAUGGGGUCCUGGGUAUCAAUCCCGUCACCGGCAGGAAGGAACCUCUGUACCCCAGCUACAAGAGGCAGUUGCGCAUUUACCUGGUCUCUCUGCCGUUUGUGUGCCUCUGCCUCUAUUUCUCUCUGUAUGUCAUGAUGAUUUACUUUGACAUGGAGGCCUGGGCCUUGAGUCUGCACGAGAAGAGUGGAUCCGAGUGGACCAGUGUCCUGUUGUAUGUGCCCAGCAUCAUCUAUGCCAUUGUGAUUGAGAUCAUGAACCGCCUCUAUCGAUACGCUGCUGAGUUCCUAACUUCGUGGGAGAAUCACAGAUUGGAAUCUGCCUACCAGAAUCAUCUAAUUCUGAAAGUUUUAGUGUUCAACUUUCUGAAUUGCUUUGCCUCCCUCUUCUACAUCGCCUUUGUCUUGAGGGAUAUGAAGCUGUUGCGUCAGAGUCUGGCCACUCUCCUGAUUACCUCCCAGAUCCUUAACCAAAUUAUGGAGUCUCUUCUUCCUUACUGGCUCCAAAGGAAGCACCACGUGCAGGUGAAGAGGAAGGUGCAGGCUUUAAAAGCGGACAUCGAUGCUACAUUGUACGAACAGGUUGUCCUGGAGAAAGAAAUGGGAACCUAUCUGGGUACCUUUGAUGAUUACUUGGAGUUAUUUCUUCAGUUCGGUUAUGUGAGCCUUUUCUCCUGCGUCUACCCAUUAGCAGCUGCCUUUGCUGUGUUAAAUAACUUCACUGAAGUUAAUUCGGAUGCCUUAAAAAUGUGCAGGGUCUUGAAACGUCCAUUCUCAGAACCUUCAGCCAAUAUUGGUGUCUGGCAGUUGGCUUUUGAAACAAUGAGUGUUAUAUCUGUGGUCACUAACUGUGCUCUAAUUGGAAUGUCACCACAAGUGAAUGCCCUCUUUCCAGAGUCAAAAUUGGACCUCGUUUUGAUUGUGGUAGCCGUGGAGCAUGCACUCCUGGCUUUAAAGUUUAUACUUGCAUUUGCCAUACCUGAUAAACCACGGCAUAUCCAGAUGAAACUGGCCCGAUUGGAAUUCGAGUCUUUGGAGGCACUCAAGCAGCAGGGAAGAAACAGAUCGGCGGAAUACAGAGUCUGUAAAGGGACCCAGAUAAAACCGGGACUUCGGCGUAUGCAAAUGAAGCUCAUGGCCGAGAACCUGAAGGAGGAAUCAAGGGAAGGCCGUGAGGAGGAGGAGGAGGCCUGAGGGCCGCCCGGGCUGCCCUGCGCGAGGGCACGGGGGCACCUGGACCCGGACCCGAUGCGUGGCCCAUGACGCGGUGCCCGGUGGCAGGCAGCCCCGCCCCCCGGUGUCCUCGUGGGGGCCCGUGGAGCCCCCCACCAGACCGCACGCCGCUGCGGCUGCCCCCCUCCCCACCCCCCACCCCCACCCCGCACGGCCCUGGGGCCUCACCCCUCGCAGCCAGCCGCCGUCACGCCCGCGGCCUGGGCGGAAGGGGCCGCCUGCCGAACCCCAGUCGAGGGGGGUCGUGCGCCGCGAGGCCGUGUCGCCAGCACCCGGACAGCUGCGACCACCCCUUCCCCGGUUCUGUUUCGCGGUGUGUCCCCCGAAACCACAGUAACGGAGCCAUUAAAGGCAACGCGCACCUCUCUGA